GCCACACAACAUGGUUGCACACAACAUCAGCUGCAAAUGACUUUUCACAUUAACACACAAUUUACAGCUACGCUGAGUACCUUCGAGACUAUCAUGCUCUGCAUAAGUAGUGCGUCUGCAUCGGAAACUAAAGGCUCACAGAAUGCUCACUGUCCCGGUGAGAGCUAUCUUAUGUUGGUAUGGUACCACCGGCUGUACCUGUACUCCGCUGCUGCUCUCCUCUUCGGGGUCUGGUUCGUCCUGAAGGUGGCUCUGAAGAGGACAAGCUUCUCCAAAGAUGUCUACAAAUCAGUGCAGAGAACUGAAGACUCUGACACUGUGGUCCACGUUUCAGGAGUUAAGAUCUUCUACGGCUCUCAAACUGGAACGGCAAAGGGUUUUGCAAAGGAGCUGUCAGAGGAGGUGAAGACUCUGAAUAUUCGAGCAGAGGUGAUCGACAUCAAAGACUACGAUCCAGACGAUCGACUCUCUGAUGAGUGCACCAACAUGUCCGUGUGCGUGUUCCUCGUGGCCACCUACACUGACGGAACCCCCACGGAGAACGCAGAGUGGUUCUGCAAGUGGUUGGAGGAGGCAUCCACUGACUUCAGAUACGGGAAGACCUACCUGAAAGGCCUCAGAUAUGCAGUGUUUGGUCUCGGCAACUCUGUCUAUGUCGGCCACUAUAACACGGUGGGUAAAAACGUGGACAAGUGGCUUUGGAUGCUGAGUGGCAUGCGAAUCCUGACCAGGGGAGAGGGUGACUGUAAUGUGGCGAAGAGCCGUAAUGGCAGCGUUCAGGCAGACUUCCUGGCCUGGAAGGUGAAGUUCCUGACCCGCCUCCAGGCCCUGGCCAAGGGAGAGAAGAAGCGCUGCAGCGGGAACUGUAAGAGUGGUGGCUCCUGUAAGACCAACAGGAAGGAACAGGAGGAGGACGAGGUGACUGCUCUGCACAACAACAGCUCUGAGGAGGAUCUGAUGGAGUCCAGCAGUGAUGAGGAGGAGUCUGGCCUGCAGGAUGAGAACAAAUCUGGUUCAGUGGUUGACAUGGAGGAUCUGGGGAACAUCAUGAACAGUGUCAAGAGAGCAAAGAGCAAAGAGGAGGCUGGAGACGGCCUGAUGGUGAAGCUGUCCAAGGUGAACGGAGUGAAGAAGAUUGAAGAUGAAGCGGAGAGAAGAGAGAUGAUUACACCUGCCCUUAGACAAGCACUGACAAAACAAGGGUACAAACUCAUUGGAAGUCAUUCAGGAGUAAAGCUCUGUCGUUGGACCAAGUCUAUGUUGCGAGGGAGAGGAGGCUGUUACAAGCACACUUUCUAUGGGAUCGAGUCCCACCGCUGCAUGGAAACUACCCCCAGCCUCGCCUGCGCUAACAAGUGUGUCUUCUGCUGGAGACACCACACCAACCCUGUGGGCACAGAGUGGCGCUGGAAGAUGGACCCUGCUGAGAAAAUCCUAGACGAGGCCAUAGAGAAACACCAGACCAUGAUUCGACAGUUCAGAGGUGUCCCAGGAGUGAAGCUGGAGCGGUACGAGGAGGGCUUGGCAGUCAAGCACUGUGCCCUCUCCCUGGUGGGGGAGCCAAUCAUGUACCCCGAAAUAAACACCUUCAUCCGCCUCCUCCACACCCACCAUAUCUCCAGCUUCCUGGUCACCAAUGCACAGUUUCCUGAGGAAAUCAGGAGCCUUGUGCCAGUGACCCAGCUGUAUGUCAGUGUGGACGCCAGCACCAAAGACAGUCUGAAGAAGAUCGACCGACCACUUUUUAAAGACUUCUGGCCCCGCUUCCUGGACAGCCUCCGGGCUCUGGGAGAGAAGAGACAGAGGACAGUGUACAGGCUGACGCUGGUGAAGGCCUGGAAUGUGGAGGAGAUGCAGGCCUACUCAGAGCUCAUUGCCUUGGGACAGCCGGACUUCAUUGAGGUCAAGGGAGUGACGUACUGCGGGGAGAGCUCUGCCAGCACUCUGACCAUGGCUAACGUACCCUGGCACCAGGAAGUGGUCACCUUCGUCCAGCAGCUGGCUGACAUGUUGCCUCAGUAUGAGAUCGCCUGCGAACACGAGCACUCCAACUGUUUGCUGAUCGCACACACCAAGUUCAGGGUGGAUGGUGAGUGGUGGACAUGGAUCGACUACGAGCGUUUCCAGGAAUUGGUCCAGGCUCAGGAGGAGAGUGGGGGGCAGCAGGGCUUCUCAGCCCUGGACUACAUGGCCAAGACCCCCAGCUGGGCUCUGUUCGGAGCCAAUGAGCAGGGCUUCGACCCCGCCGAAACGCGCUUCCAACGGCGCCACAAAACCAAAGACAUUUCAGGAUGCUGAUAGAUGUGAGGGAGGGAAAAGAACGAGGACUUACUUCCAUAGAAAGAAAAUAGGGUUCUGUUUCUUUAUCCCAAUCUUCUUUGGGUUCAAAGUUUCUGUAGCUGGAAAGCUUUUUUACUGACUCCACAGUUUCACUUAAACUCUUUCUCCCUCUUUCCAUUUCUCUUCAAUUUGGAUCCUUCAUUUCGUUGGCUUGAUCUGCCAAAAACUGACAGUCAAUUCCACUUCCGAGACAUUCCCCUUCAGAUUCACUUUAAGAGCUUCUCUCGCCUCCUCUAAUAUGUACAUAAAUCUUUGAUACGUUUCUUUUUUUUACGGGGUCAUUAUUGUAAAUGUCAAUGACUUUGAUCUUUUAAUCUAUCUGGCAGCGCUGGGGAAGGUUAACUCUGUUGAAGUAGAUCCCGUGUAUGGUUUCAUCAUCAUCAGUUCUGACAUUUGGUUUUAAUCCAGCUGCUAGUUAUUCAGCUCGGGACAUGAUUAGCAUAUGAGGAGGAGCUCUUCUCCUCAUGUUGUCUGUGGGAGCGCUUUCCCAGACACCUUUCCUCCUCAUUAGGGCUGCCGCUGUUUUUACUCCGUGGUGAGGCUCUCCAGCUGUAAGAGAAAUGCAUCAAGGCUGCGUCUCCGCUGGGAUUUGGGAUUAUUAACGCUCUCUUUGUGGAUUCUUUUUUGCAAAGUUGCCCAAUCCAACAAGUCUCAGCUUCGCUUGGUUUCCUUCGUUUUGCUGAGGUGCUUUGCAGUAAAGACAGGUGGUUCUUCCGUCAUCACAAAUAACUCUGGAUUAUUAAUAGAAGAAAAAUUGGGCAAGGUUUUAAAGAAAUUCAACAUUAUUUAUCUAAAAAUGAGAAAUAAUGUUGCAGAAUCAACGUUAAAUUACUGAUGGAAUACUGUAAAAAAAAAAAAAGUUAGCAGUAGUAGUAGCAUUAGUAGCUCUGCUUUAAUAAAGUGUACUAAAUGGACUGCAAAAGAUUGGUGCAGUGAAGACAUAUUUUUUAACCUGACCAUGAAGUUAGCAUAACAAGCACUCCCCUUCUACAAAAUCCAAUGGGAUUUCGGAUUAUUGCAGCAAACAGGCUCUGUGCUAAACACACGUUUAUGAUACUUCACACGUUUUGUUCAGCAGGAUAGUCUCCACAAGGAGGUGAACUGGGACCUCUCCAAGUCCAGACUCUAUUUUUACAUCUGCUCGGGGACUUGAACCGGCGACCUUCACCUCACAGUCCAAGCCCCAACUGACUGAGCCACUGCCAGACCAUGUCCAGCGCAGUAAUGUUUAAUAGUCUUAUUAGUCACUUGUAAGCAACCGCCGUUUUAUGAUACAUAAAAGCUUCAGACAUUUACCUGCGGAGUUUUUACUGACGUACUUUAUACCGUAGAACAAAACGUGAGGAUGCUAACUUAUUUCAUCCUUCACCACUCUAUUGUAUCACUGUUUGGUAUUGCAGUUCGGUAAAGAAUACAUUUAAUAUAACGUUUUGACAUAGAAUUGAGAUUAC